AUGGCGCAGGCUGGCAAUGUCCGCGAAAACGGCCAUGAAAAUGACAACGCCUUGGCCAUUGGCUGUGAACCCGACGACCUGGAAUUGUCUAUAGGACAGCCUUCUGCUCAAUCACGCGUGCCUUUUAAACGGUCUGCCACCAGCCAGGAAACCAUUCGUGCGACUGGGACUCCUCCCGUGGACAUUCCUACAGUCGGCGAAAGUCCUGCCGUGGUACCAGAUCCCUCCGAUUCUUCCUCCUAUAUCGAUCACUACAUGCGACAACGGAACCCCUCUGUUAGCUUCAAUAAUGAGAUCAAGUUGGAUUCGGGACAUCGUCAGAGCAUGAUGGAGCCAUUGGAGAAGCCGUCCAAGGCUCGGGAACGAGGACGUUCGCUGUUGCAGGCAAUGGCGGAUGAAAAGAGAUCGUCCCGAGCCCAUAGUGAGUCAGAACGAUCUCACUACGAUCCUAUCACUGGCCGUCACUUACCCCAAUAUUCCCAAAGUCCACCGAGGGAACAGCCACGCGUCGGCGAAGGUCGGUUUCCCCUCCUUCAGACCACAGUGGACGAAAUGGCGCGAGAGUCUCAAACCAAUUUACCUCAAGCCAUGUCUCUGACCUCCGAUUCCACGAUGUCUCCCAACGAGGCAGUCCUCACCCCUCAAGACGAUGACAGUUACCUCUUGUCUCCUACCGCCGCGUCUCCCACCACCCCUUUCGCCGGGCAGGCAUUUUCCUACGAAGAACCUAAGAGCUUUCGACCCACAGCCUCACAGAGAUGGAGAGAGGGCGAAACCACCGCAUCCCCUCAAGAUUUCUUCUCGCGCGCCGGGAGUCUUCGCAAGAGCAUGCGUGAUAUUGCGGGGCGGGCGUCUCGUAGAGAUACAUCAGGCUCUACAAGAUCCCCGAGGUCGGCGGCAUCCUCAUACCUGCGUGCAUUUUCGAUAAGCAGCGGAACAAAUGGUGACGGAGCUGACACUGGUCCUCUUGCCUGUGACGCCGAGGGUCAGACCAUCGGUGAAGAUUAUGUGCUGGGCAAACAGAUUGGUUACGGCGGCUUCAGCAUCAUCAAGCAAGUAACACAACUUCAAGACGGCAAACAACGAACACUGGCCGUCAAGAUCGUUCGCCGCCAUAUUGAAAACAAAACCGAGGCUGAGAAUGAGCAAGUACAGGCCGAGUUCGAACAUGAAGUCGAGUUGUGGCGCUUUCUCAAUCACCCCAACAUUCUCCCACUAGAAGCCGUGUACAAACUCGACGAAGCGACGUUCUGCUUUAUCCCACUCAAUGUCGGAGGGACCCUCUUUGACCUCGUCAGAUCCAAUCGCAAAGGUGUCGCGCAAGACAUCGCAAAGAACUAUGCCUAUCAACUUGCCUCCGCUCUGCGCUACCUCCAUCUCGAUGCGCGCGUGGUACAUCGUGAUGUGAAACUUGAAAACUGCCUGAUCGAACCGACUAGGGCCGGAGAGCCUGGCUUGCUCCGUCUCUGUGACUUUGGCAUGGCAGAAUGGCUUUCAACAGACAGCAGUUCCGAUCCUCCGAGUCCAGACUACAACAGCUCUGACCGCCCCCCCCCAAAACCUAUUGGACCCGCAGAUACCUCGACAUCUGCCUUCGCAGGCGGAAGCCUCGAGUAUGCUGCUCCAGAGAUCCUGCGAAUCGCCGAACGAAUGGACAAGGCCGCUCGAGCCGAGCGUCACAUUAUCUCUCCUGCUGUCGACGUCUGGGCAUACGGUGUCUGCGUGUACAGCAUGAUAAUAGGAUCACGACCGUUCCAGAACUCAUUCCAGCCACGCGUUGUCAUGGCGAUACUUGCAGGAGACUGGAACCGUGACUUAUUGAUGGAGAAAGGGGGGGACGAUAUCUAUGAGCUUGUGAACGGGUGUCUUGAAAUGGACGACUCGCUACGCUGGGAUAUCACUAGAGUUGUCCGCUGUACUUGGCUCGAAGACCUCGCGGGCGAGGAAGACAAUUUGCAGCAAGGCGUGAAUGGGUGGCGACUGUAA